UCGUUUCCGCUGCGACGCCAGACCGUAGUCAGUCAGCGCUGGACCGCCGCCCGCUCGAUUUCGAAUUUUACGUCGAGUCUUCACUUUCUCAUAAUAAUAAAUCAAACUGUGAGCUUCCCGCCCGUGAGUGACAACCACCGAACUAUAUACACUCAGAGAGAGAAAGAGAGAGAGAGAGAGAGAGCUGUCAUUCCGACCUCAUAACGUCUAAUCAUCCUCCUGACAAUUUCCCAAUUCCCAAGUGAUCAAUAUUCGACUUUUUAACAUUUUAGGUUGUUUUCCGAUUUUUUCUCUUUUCAAGAAUCCCUACGAGUAGUUGACACACCAGUUGAUUUGCUUUUGCGAAAAAACAUUUCAAAAGAAACAAUUUUCUUCUAUUCGACUGGAUUUUCGUCUUUAAUGUGGAAGUUCUUCAAAAACACAGUGAAUAAGGUUAACGAUUUUACCGCCAUUUUUUUGUUUGCCUUUUAAUUACAAGAGAGAGCGCAUGUUGUGAUAGGAACAGAAAAGACAUGCUUUGGCAUGUGUGUUACGUGCAAAAAAAUUUCUCCUGGAUUUAAAUAACAAGUUGGUGAAAAAAAAAAAAAUUAGUGAAAAAAAAUUUUCCAUUUGUUUAUUUGUGAAACGAAUGACAAGUUUUUAGAAGUGCUCGUGAAUGAUGAGAGUUUGGAGGUUAUAUCAAUUAUUUGUGACGCUAGAUAUGUGCUUAAAGUGAUAAUAACCGGAAGAAAUUCAAUGUUCUAUUAAUAAGUAAAGGUAGAAGAUUUUUCAAGAAGAAAACUGCAAAUUGUUAAUAGAGAAGACCUGGAGGCCUCAAGGAAAAUCGAGCCCCCCCGCAGGACUCAGAUGCCCCGCAGGAAACAGCACGCUCCGCAACGUAUGAAAUGUAAGUAGUGGUCUCCAAUCGUACAGAAAAACCAACCACUGACCCUGCCGGUACUGGACGGGAGAUAUGCGAAGCAAGCAACAGCCAAGGCCUUCCUUCCGGUGGCCGCAGCAGCGCGGCGAUAACAUUACCGGGGAGGACGGCGUCGAAAGUUCGGGUCCCGGGACAGACCUGCAAGGUGAGGAGGGUGACUGCAUGGAUGAAGAUGGACCGAAUAGUCCGAAUGAAAGGGUUGGAGCACCAGCAGUUAAAGAAGACGAAAAUGGAGAAGUCAGUGAUGAAGAAGAUGAUGAAAGAAAUUGUCCCCUGACUUCACCUUCUUCUAUCACAGCACGAUUGAACCCUGCCGCCAUAAGAGAUACGGGUCCUCCAGAUAGGGAACCAAUGAGUCCUCGUUGUCCUUCGAGAGACUCUCGGGAAUCGUCUGGUCCAGCUGUCGGAAGUCCUCCACCACCAGCAAUCCGAAAUAGCGCCAGUCCCGUCAGUCCUAGUAGCAUUGUUCCUCUACCUCUUGGGACUCAUCCACUCUUACCUUCUCAUUCGGCGGCAGUGAUGGCAGCCUACCUUCAGCAAACGCAUCAGCGUCUUCUUCUAGGUCAUUCACCAUUAUCCCGUGGAUCUGUGUCACCUCUGGUUACGUCUUCUUGUUCACCACCUGCCGCAACUCCUGGUCUCUUGAUCUCACCAACGAGUGGUGGAGAAACAUCACCCGUUGCAACUCCUUUACCAGCGGUUCUUGACUUCAGUACGAGAAAGGCUUCAUCAACUGAAGACGAAGACGAGCAGAUUUUAAAUCUUAGUAAACCUCCCACGCCAUCUUCUUCAACGGAAACAAACAAUGGACCGCUCGACUUGUCAGUUUCCAAUAGGAAACGACCUGGUCCUGAAGAUUCGCCGCCACCUCCACCACGUAAAUCAUCUAGGCACGCGUCAUCAACUCCCACUGGUCAUCAGGAUACCUCAUCAACUGCAUCCUCGUAUGGUAGAUCAGUUGUGUCCCCUUGGACGUCACCCGUAGUGGCGUCACACUUCCCAUAUUUUGCUGCAGCGGUCGCAGCAGCUGCUACUAGUCAACAGCAACUCUCGCCGAAAAGCACAGGCGGAGUAGUGGAUCACCAUCAACUUUGGAAUGGCAAGAUGAAACCACCAUCAGCAAUGGAAAAAUCUUAUCAACCAAGUGAAGCUACAAAAGCCCUCGAAAAAAUGAGCGAACUGAGCAAACUUGGCGGUGAUGAUUUGUUUCGAUCAUCUCCUGGAGGAAUUGGAAAUCCUUCCGCCACAUCUGGGAGUCGACACAGCGCCUGGCAGUCUCACUGGCUUAACAAAGGAGCUGACCAAGCGAAGGACGUACUGAAAUGCGUUUGGUGUAAACAAAGUUUCCCCACACUCGCUGCCAUGACGACACAUAUGAAAGAAGCCAAACACUGUGGCGUUAACAUGCCGGUUCCUCCUCCUUCGGUUAGUCAUCAUCAGAACAUUUCGAUAGCCCCACCUCAACAUCAACCACAAACUUCAACCAGCGGCGGAAAUAACGGAACUUCCACUCCAAGUAAGCAAAGUCCUUCCGAACUGAAUCUACUUAUUAAAGAAACAAUGCCAUUACCAAGGAAGCUUGUUCGAGGUCAAGAUGUCUGGUUAGGGAAAGGUGCAGAGCAAACAAGACAGAUAUUAAAGUGCAUGUGGUGCGGUCAAAGUUUCCGAUCUUUGGCUGAAAUGACUUCACAUAUGCAGCAAACGCAACAUUAUACAAAUAUCAUCUCCCAAGAACAAAUAAUAUCUUGGAAAUCUUCGGAUGACAGUAAGGGAUCGGGAAGCACAGGAGGCGGUGUCGGUGGAGGCACCGGUGGUCCCGGAGGUCCUCUAGGAAGUGGAAGUGGUCCACAUGGAGGUGGUAGUGGUCCGGGAGCUGGCGCAACGAGUAGUCACGUUAGUGCUGUUUUGACUUGCAAGGUUUGUGAUCAGGCUUUUAGUUCCUUAAAAGAAUUAAGUAAUCAUAUGGUAAAGAAUUCGCAUUACAAAGAGCACAUAAUGCGAUCGAUUACGGAGAGUGGAGGACGACGAAGACAGACUAGAGAAAAACGAAAGAAGUCCCUUCCUGUGCGAAAGUUAUUAGAACUGGAGCGGGCACAGAACGAGUUUAAAAAUGGUGACACUGGAGCAAGUAUUGGACACAGCUUAAGUAAACAUGCUGGUAGGAUCACGUGCGAAAAGUGCGGUGACAAGAUUGAAACAACUAUUUUUGUGGAGCAUAUUCGUCAGUGCAUUGGUGCUGGAACAGUGGGUGUUAAUCAACGGAACUUUCUCAAAAAUGCAUUAAUGUCAAAUAACAUGUCAACAGCGCUGCCAGUCGGAGAAUCUGGCAGAAAAAGCGUGACUGAAGAUACAUCACCAGUCUCGUCGAGGCAUCAUCGGUCCCCCUCUUCUGCCAGUGAUGCCACAACUCCUGGAAAAGACACUUCUACACCAAAUACCGUUGAACCUACGGGAACAUCAUCUCCUUCAGUGUUGAAUGCAAUUGAAAAACUUAUCGAGAAAAGUUUUGACUCAAGGGUUCGACAUAACGCGUCCGGUCUGCAUCAUGCUCCACCUGGUGCACCCAUGGGUUCUAGCAUUCUAAAGCGUUUAGGAAUUGACGAAAGUGUAGAUUAUACCAAACCCCUCGUAGACCCUCAAACGAUGAAUCUCCUGCGUUCCUAUCAGCAGCAUCAUUACAAUACUGGUUCAAAUGCAACCAGGCGAGAAAGAAGUGGAAGUGAAUCGAGUUCAAUUUCGGAACGAGGGAGCGGUAGGACGGAUGCUAUGACACCUGAGAGGCGUCUUGAAGUUUCUUCUGGCCAUGAAAGGCUUUCGGUCUCGUCUUCUCACACGCAUCAUCGAUCGACGCCUGAGAAGCAAACGCCUUUAACGAACCGACACGUACAAGAAGAAUCCGGAGACGAAGAGACUGUUGUUGUGAAAAAGGAACCGAGGGAAGAGGAUGCAGAAAACUUAGCGACAACCGAGACAGAACAGCCUCAGCAAGGUUCGAGGGAAGUUGUAGUGAAGAAAGAAGUAGUAGAUGAGUCGAGAGAAGAGGAAGAUCAGACAAACUUUAAUCAUAGAAGAACUGUUCAACAGGAAUUGUCAGAUGAGAAUCGAGAAGUUCUUUCACCACCAAUGAAUCCUCCAACACCAAGGUCUACUGGACAGGUUGAACCCUCGACCAGAAGUCCAUGUAGAAAUAGUACAAGUAGUCCAGCAAGUAGUGAUAGAUCAGUGACACCUAGAGGAACUCCUGAUACCAAAGCUUCAAGUAGCCUCGGAGCAUUGUCUUCUAUGUUUGAUAACCUCUCAGGUGGUGGCGGAGGGACAAGCACUAGCAAUACAGAUUCCCAAGGCCGAAAAACCAGCAGUCAUCCUUUGGCUGCUCUUCAAAAGCUCUGUGACAAAACAGAAACUCGUGGCUCUACUUCCGUCAGCAGCAGGAACGCUUCAGGUUCCACUGGCUCAUCUCAAAGCGCCGGGAGUGGAAAUGGCACCAGUACAAGCGCUGCAGGUUCUGGUCCUACGCCUGGGGCAAUUCUGGCCUUCAGUUGGGCCUGCAAUGACGCUGUCGUGACAGCGGACUCAAUAAUGAAGUGUGCGUUUUGCGAUACUCCAUUCAUUUCCAAGGGUGCUUACAGGCAUCAUUUGUCAAAAAUGCAUUUCGUUAAGGAUGGUGUCAUUCCGGAUCCCCUGACAAUUGGAAGAUCUGCAGCAUCGGCUGCGGCACUAUCCCAAUCAGGUUCCAGUGGUCCUAGUUCAUCUUCUCUACCUUCACAGCGAAACAAGUCACCUCCUAUUCCAAAUCAGGCAAAUGGAAGUCCAUCUCAAUCUGCAGCUUCUUCUCUUGAAGAAAGUCCUCAUUCAAAAUUUCUUAAGUAUACGGAACUGGCUAAACAAUUGUCCAGUAAAUACGUAUAGUCCGAGCCCCGUAAGUAGCGGUGCCAUUUGUACAUAAGUGUAUUUAUAUUGUAAUGAGUUCAGAGAAGUCAAGAUAGAUUAGUCUAAGUCCGUCGUGCCGACGACGAUACGGUUUCGUUGUUUUCUUUAGGUCUUUAUAGUACUCUUUCACUGGAAGAAAGUACAGUUUGUAUCAAAUAUUAUAAAUCUCUUAUUCAUUAAUACUUUCAAGUAUAACGUUCAGUAAAUUUCAAUUUACACUAAUUUGUCUAGAUUUAAUCCAAAAGUAAUAUAUAUAAUUUCGACAAGCAUCAACUUUGAAUGGCAGGAUAAAAAUUCGUCAUUUCGUUAUUUACAUUGUGAAAUUGCAAGAGUAUUUAGAUUAAUAUGUUUGUCAUGUCAUAAGAUGUUUUAAGUAAUGAAAUAAAUUUUAUUAAAAUAUUAUUAUACAUAAGGUAUCGUACAUAGCAUCUAAAGCUAACAUCAAAAUUUCUUUCCUCAUAAAUAUGUAAUAUAUUGUAAAGAAGUUAAAAUUUUAAAAACAUUUCCAAAAAUUAAAAAACAACUGCAAAAGCAUUUUUAAAAUGACUAUCGAAACAUCUGAAACUAACAUACUUUUCUUGCAAUGCAAAUCAAUAUAUUUCCUGUAGGUGAAAAAAUUUGUACUUGAAAGGAGUUAAUUUGAAGAUAAUUUAUAAAUUUCAGUAUUUAUUCAAUAAAUUAUGUAUUAACAUCGGCGCAUAAAAUAAAAAAAUUGCGAGUACGAAGACUGAAAUAUCAUAAGUUCUCUUCUUUCUGAUGUAUCUAAAGAGAAAAAUGUAGUCUAACAUCGAGUUUGUUGCUUGUUUUUAUUUUUACAAACCUGGAGUGUGAAGAAGAAGAAAUUGAUUUGCAUGGUUUACUUACUUUUUAUAUCUAAAACUUUUACGCUUAUAUCUGACUGAUAAUUUGUACUUAGUGACUCUAAUUAUGUAAAAACUAAAAAUAUAACAAAAUUAAAAAUGUUGGAUUCAAAAUGACGGUCCUAAAAAGCAGAUUUAAAAAAAAUUGUUCGCAUUACUUUAAGACUUGUUACUACGGAGAUUUUUGGGUCGCUGAUUAAGAAUCUGAUGUCGGUUUUGAAUAAUUCGAAAUGUCACAUCCAAUAUGUCAGAAUAAAAAAUAAAAAAUUCAUCAAAGAGUAAGGUAUUCAAAACACAAGGACAUAAAUCUAGCAUAACAUAAAAUUUUGUAUUAGACAUUCGAGUUUUUUAUAAUUUCGCGUUACAUACGAACAUAGCGAUUCGGAAAACCUCCGAAUAACAAAUUUCAAUUGAUUUCGUUUAUUUGAAUAAUUUUUUUAAUGUCAUAUUGGAUCCGUUUUUAAGAAAUAUUGCAAACCAACAUUAGAUUCGUCUUCAGCGACAACAAAAACCCCAAAGUGAUGGAAUAUGUUAUAUAAGAUUUUGAAAAAUGUCCGGAUGUACAUAUGUGAGUGGAUCCCUUUUUGUGAAAACGAUAACUCGAAGAGGUUUUAACAAAAUUGGGUAAAAAUUUAAAAAUUAUGUUACUGUAAAAUAAAAUCUUAUUUCUUAUAUGAAGACGAAUCAAAAAUCUUAUUAUUUACAUAAAAAUUGAUUUAAGUAUAUAAAGUAUAUAUUGUAAAAACAAUGUUCCUUAAUUCAGAAUUAUGUUGAACUAAUUUAAGAAUAGAGUUUUCCUAAAAUUAUAAAUAUAAAGCAUAAAUCAAAAUAUAUCGACUUGUAAAAUAAAAAUUGCACCAAACUCGAUGUCAGACUACGUUUUUUGCUUAAGACACAUUAUAAGGAAGAGAACCUAUCACAUGGCAGUCUUCGCACUCGAAAUUUUUUUUAUUUUGUCUGCCUGUGUAAUAUUCAAUCUAAGCUUUUAAUUAUUUGUAAAAUUUGUGUAUUAAAUAUUUGAUCUAAUGGAAAUUAUUUAUUUUUUUAUACAAUUCAUUAUAAUUAUCAUGACUAAUCAAAAUUAUUUUGAUUCAUAUGAAUACAAAAAAUUUUAUAAUAUAUAUACAUAAAUAUAUAUAUAUAAUUUUAUGAAAUUUAGCGGAUAAAUUUUUUAAUGACUAAAAAGUUUAAAUUGAUAAAACUUAAGAUUUAUAUAAUUCAUAAAUACUAUUUGUAAAUGAUAAUCCUAGAGUUAUGUAGAGUAAAUUUGUCUUUUCAAUUUAAAUUUUAAAACUUUAAUAUGUGCAACAUGUUGAAAGCAUAUUAAUGUGUAAACACAUAAUCAGCGCAUUUUACCAAAAAAUAAAAUAAAAAUUUUCCAGUGAAAAAGUUACUGUCGGUUGGAAGGUUGAUUGUUUUUAGUCGAAAAUCUAAAAACAAUUUAGUAUCUUAAAAAAAACAAUUUCGAUUUAUAAAAAGAAUACAAACCUUCCAAUCAAGACCAUGCGAUGCUUAUCGCAUCUUCUCGUUCCUGAGUAGCAAAUAAGACUAUCGUCAGUCAAAUGGUGUUUUAUUAAUUCUAUUCUGCUUCUACUGUUUUACUUAAGCAUAUAGAGAAAUCUGUUACUAAAAGCGCAUUCGCAAUAGUGGCUAAUGAAAAAAGUGAACCAGUAGACUUUGCGCCUUUAGUAACAGAUUUCUUUCCGUGCAGAUUGACAAAGUCUUAAUGAGAUUAACUGAAUUGUAAAAUAAAUUAUCAAUAACAAUUUUUUACGUCGUGUGAGAAUUUACUUGAUUCUAAUUCCAUGAAAAUCUUUAAUUAAAUUCGAAAAUAGUUGAAAUAUAAUUUUCUUUUAGUUUUAUUCGUCGAAUUCAUGAUUUAUAAAUUUUUAAAAUGUUCAUGUAUUUACAAGAUAUUUCCAACUUCUGGAACAUUGUAAAAAAAUUAUUUUAAAUUUAGUGGACUCCCCUCAAUCUUUAAAAGGCAAAAAUUAUAUUACUUGAAGGUUAAUUUUCUAUCAUUUAAAGAAAUCAAGUUGAAAAAACCAAAAGACACAAGUUUUCAAUUUAUUAUUUUUUGAUAAUUAUGGCUGUGUAUUGAUAAAAUCUCAAAAAUAUUCAUGCUGUUAGCAUUGUACACUUGGUUACAAGAGACCAAAACGACCAGAAUUAAGAAUUGAAUAACAUGCUUUCUCAGAUGUCAAAUUUUUAUAUUUUAUAAUGACUUAAAUAUUACAACUUAAACAAAAAAAUCUGUCAACAUACAAUAUUUUGUUUCUUAAUUUUCGAUAAAGCUAUCUGAAGAUAUAGUGACCAACGCACAAGUUCUUUUUUCGGAAAGGAUCUCAAAGAACCUAUUAUUAUGGACCUGAUUUUUAAUACUUUUGAAAAAUAAUUUCAAUAAGUUACUCACAUUAUAAUGUAAUUUAAUAUACGAAAGUUCUUAAAUAAGAAAAUUUUAUUUUAUGAAAAAAAAUUUAAAGAAAGCAUACAUUUUUUGGUCGUUUUGACUCACUUUUGUCCAAUUUAAAUAACAAAUUUUACAAUUUCAUUUCUUACUGUUUUAUAAAUAAAAAAUUAAAUACUCAAAAAAAAUUAAUACAUUUUUCCU